AUGAGGGUAGAACUGACAACAGCCCUCGCGUGCCUGCUCACUUGCCUUGCGCUCACAGUGGGGAAGGUAUUAUAUUUCACCAAGGAAACUUAUUAUGUAGUCCUGCGGCCCAAUUUGAUCGAACGGACCUGGCACUGCGACCCGGCCAACGCCCGCUCUGCGCUGUGCGACGGUCACGAGGCGAACCGGUCGUACUUCCGCGGCAUGGGCUUCCCGGACCAGUCGUGCGCCGACGCCUACUGGCUAAAGAAAUACGCCAAAGAUAUCGCAUACCCCGACGGUCCGAGUACGACAAAAAUGACCCUCAUGUUCUCCGCGUACUCACUGCCGUGGGUGCCGCCGGUGCCGCCGCCCGCGCCGGUUCCGGGGCGGCCGUCACUGCCGUGGGAUCAGCGGGCGUACGAAGAGGCCCUGGAGCGCGGCGGGGAGCUUUUCGAGUACAUUACCCUCUUUGACGACCUCUGCGCCGACCGCGGAUUUUGCGCGGCGCAGGGCUACGGCCCCGAGGACUCGCUCGGUCGCCAUUUCAGAAAAGACAAGGAUAUUGAGGCGCCCAAUCGGUUUCAAUAUCUCGCUCCGAGGGGGCGGUGCUGGGACGUGCUCGAGGCGCGGGACCACCAGUGGCGUGGGUUGGACCCUGCUCACGCGCCGAGCGACUUGAAAACCUGGUGGAGGUGUUGCUGCAAGGUGCAUAUGAUAACGAAGCGCGACUCGGACGUGCCGACCGUUUGCCAGGCGUCGCCCCGCGGCGUAGCGACGAAGGCCAUUGUCGAGGCGGACCUUCGUUUCAACCGUGCCCAGGGGGGAAACAGACGUGGCGCGUGUCGUUUUAUUAAUUGCUAG